AUGCUCGAAACAAUCGCUUUUGAAAUACCAAAUUUAGACCUUCCGCCAACUGAAGUUCCACAAAGAAUUUCCGAAGGAGAUAAUGUUAGACCAAAACGAAUUCCAAAGCCCCGGCCCAACAAGCAUUCACCGACUCAAACAAAUCCUAGUUUAAAUAUUAAUCUAGGAUCAGUGCCAACAGUAACAAGUUCAACAACGAAAGCUGCAGCCAGUGCGACAAAAUGUUCAUUACCUUUGAAGAUUUUCAUAUCAACACUCAUUGCCUUAGUUGCAGCAGCUGGAAUUGUUGGUCCAGCUGUCUAUUUCAGCCAACAAGGUACUCAUCAUCCAUUGAUCCUGCCACUUUCCCAACAACCAGCACAACAACGACCACGGAUACAACGAGUACUACUGAAACGACUACUACCACCACGAGUACCACUAGCACCAGUGAAACCACCACUACUAGUACCACCAGUACAACUAGUACAUCCACUACCAGUGAAACAACUAGUACCAGUUCAACGAGCUCAACUUCCACCACCGAUACCACAAGUACUUCGACAACUAGUGAAACAACAAGUACCAGUAGUACCAGUACAACUAGUACUUCCACGACCAGUGAAACAACAAGCACAAGUAGUACCAGUACUACCAGCACUUCUACAACCAGUGAAACCACAAGUACGAGCAGCACAAGCACAACGAGCACUACGAGCACCAGUACGACAAGCACGACUACCACCACUGACACCACAAGCACAAGUAGUACCAGUACCACUAGCACUUCUACAACCAGUGAAACUACAAGCACGAGUAGCACAAGUACAACUAGUACCACGAGCACCAGUACGACUACGACGAGCGAAACAACAAGCACCAGUAGCACUAGCACUACCAGUACCACCAGCACUAGUACUACUACUACAAGCACUACUAGUGAAACGACAAGUACAAGCAGCACGAGUUCAACCAGUACGACUAGCACCAGCACCACUACCACUAGCGAAACGACGAGCACGC